AUGAAAAUUUCUGGAGCUGCCGUUUUUGCCAUCGCCAUUGCAAGUGUUGAGGCUUUCUCUCCCGCAUCUGUCCAGCAGAGGAAUGGUGCAACUGCCUUGUUCUCCACCACUGAAGGGAGCAAACCAAGAACCAAAAAGGAAGGCCGAUUGGGCUUUUUCAAAUCAGAAAAGUUCCACAGAAAAGGAUUCAAGGAAGUGAGAGACAAUGUUGAAGACACUAUUAACGAACAAUACCAAUCAUCUCUAGUUGACGAUCUGAAGUCCAGCAACUAUGUUAUUGAAAAGGACAACGUCAAAGUUUACUUGGCCAAGGAUUUCGGUUUCUGUUGGGGAGUGGAGCGCAGUAUUGCUCUUGCGUACGAAGCCGUCAGGCAUUACCCAGAUAGGAAGUUGCAUAUCACAAACGAACUAAUCCACAACCCCGAAGUAAACGACCGCCUUACCGAAAUGAACGUCAACUUGAUUGAGAAAUUGGGCGAAGGAAAGAAGAACUUUGAUGUGGUUGAAGAUGGCGAUGUUGUCAUCCUUCCAGCAUUUGGUGCUUCUUACGAAGAGAUGGACUUUUUGGACAAGAAGAAUGUCGAAAUUGUUGACACCACCUGCCCUUGGGUUUCCAAGGUUUGGAACACUGUUGAUUCCCAUCAGCGCAAGGGACUGACAUCGAUCAUUCAUGGAAAGUACGGUCAUGAAGAAACUGUUGCAACUACCAGUUUCUGCGAGGAUUAUAUUUGUGUGAAGGACAUGAAGGAGGCAGAAAUGGUUGCCGACUAUAUGGCUAAUGGAGGAGACAGAGAGGAAUUUUUGAAGUACUUCAAGAAUGCUGUUUCCGAAGGGUUUGAUCCUGAUAAGAUGUUGGAGAAGGUUGGGCUUGCAAAUCAAACGACGAUGUACAAGAAGGAAACCAAAGCCAUCGGACAACUUUUCCAAAAGACCAUCAUGCAAAAGUUUGGACCAAGCAAGGUUGAUGAGCAUUAUUAUGAAUUUGACACUAUUUGUGAUGCAACACAGGAGCGUCAAGAUGCCGUCACAGAGCUUGUGGAGAACGGGAACGAUUAUGGCUUGGACUUCAUCUUGGUUGUUGGAGGCUGGGAUUCAUCUAACACAGCCCACUUGUUGGAAAUUCCACACCACCAGGGCAUCAGGUCUUUCCAUAUCAACCGUGCAGACUGCAUCAGUGCUGACAACACGAUUACCCAUCGCACAGUUGAAGGUGAAAUUGUCACAGAGCCUUUCUUGUUGAAUUUGGACAAGGAUUUGGUACUAGGAGUCACAUCUGGCGCAUCGACACCUGAUGCUGCCGUGCAAGACGCUUUGAGCCAAAUCUUUUUGCUCAAGAAGAUGCAAGAUGCUGCAAAAGAAGGGAGCGCAGUCAAGUCUGAUUAG